GGAUGGUCAGGAAAAUCAUCACUGACCAAGGAAAGGAGUUUGUGAACCGGGUAAAACUUGUGAAAGUGUUAUUCGUACCUUGACAUAUGAUAUGAUGUAUUUAGGCUAAGUCUGCUCAUGUCACUGCAGCUCAACAACAGCAUUUUCAGCAUGCUGAAUAUUAAACAUGCUGUCUCCAGUGCUUACCACCCCCAGACCAACAGGCAGGUAAGCAUUUGGAUAUCUAACCUCGAGUAACUCAUAUGAAAUUAGUCAUGCUUAUUUAUCUAUUCUACAAUACAACUCAAAGGAUGAGAGGACCAACCAGAACAUUAAGCGUGCUCUCAGAAAGUACGUCAACCACGAUGAUGAAGAAGCACGAUGACUGGGACGUUCACCUUGCUGCUGUGGUGUAUGCUAUCAACACUGCAUUCCUGUUUUGACAUUUUGUAUUACUUUUAAGAUACUUUACAGUGUAGCAUCGUUUUAAGAAUGUGUUUUUAAACUUAAUUUUUUAAAAAAGUUAUUGAUAAGUGCAAGAGAAAAUGAAAUGAUGGAGAGAUUUUGUGUGAUCAGCACUCCACCCGUCACAGUCCCUAUUUCCUGCUCUUCCACCGACAUCCACGUCUUCCUGCUGUGAUUAACACCUGUCCCAUGGAUGAGGACUUUGAGAAACCCAGAAGAGGACACAAGAGUUGAGGAGAUGACGGUUCUGAUUAAAACGGUCUGUACAAUUAAAGAAGGCUGAGUGACAGGGAAAGGAGAUCUGAUGAGGCAAAAAGGGAAAAUGUAAUACAGUGUGUUGGUCAAGCAGGUGAUAAUGUUCUUUUGUCAGGUGAUCCAAAAAGGAGACAAACUGGAGAUAAAUUAUUCAGCCAGCACCAAGGACCGUACACUGUGGCCAGCGUCACACCAAGUGGGGUGGCCAGUAUUGUGAAGGGAGCAACUUGCCAGAAGGUAAACAUGUCCAGGCUGAGGAAAUACCACAGAUCAAAAAAUCCACCAACUGAGAGGAAGUUUCUCCUAAACCACUCAUAUGGGACUCAAUGGCAGAUUGAUCAUCAGUAUGCCAGUCCAGGAGCAAAGUGGCAGAAAGACUUGGACCCUCUUCAGUCCAGUCUGCAAAAUCACAUGAAUUUAGGUGGAAUAUGUUUUGGACCAAAACCGACCUCCAGGAAAACUCCUAGGGUAGGAAGACAAUCACUGCCUGAAGACUUUUGGAGCCUGGGAUUGGAACAAUCCAUGGAAUCUACUAUUGGGAAUGCUUUUCUGAAGAUUGUGGGGGAAGCUGCACAAAGACGUAAUCUGUCAUGCUGGGAAAAGAUUUUCACAUUGCUGACCUCUAUGUCAUGGCCACCUGGAAGGAUCCACAAGUCAACCUGCUGCGUCGCUUGCCAGCAUGGACAGAGAUUCGCCUUCUGGACAGAAGAAGCAUUCUCCUCCAGGGAACACUCUUCAGCCUGUCUUCAGGGUACCAACGGUAACCUCCUCCAAGCCUUCACCAAGUCUAAUCAGACAGUUACCAGCAUGUGUCCUCAUCGACAUAUUGGAAGACAUCUUCAAACUGGCUCUGGUGUCCUCCAUGUUCAGACACCUUGUGUCUACUGAAUAUUUCAGAAGACGAGCACACUUCAAGUGCCUUCACAAUAAGAACUUCAGUAAAUUAUGAAAUUAUAUGUACAGUUAUUGUUGCCACAUGUUUUCCACUGGCAGCAUGUAAAUGUUUUUUUUUGUUUUUUUUCUUUUGCUUUCCACAGGUGUUUGCACAUGGAGAAGGUUCUCAGAAAAGUACAGAGAACAGUACUUUAACAUGUACACAAUUAGGAUCUGUCAUCAAUGUGGAGAUCAAUACAAACACUUCCCCCGAGGUAUGCAACACUGUAUAAGCUUAUAUUACCAUAUCGCUAUAUAUACAGACAAUGAGAUUUUUGUCUGUAAUGAGAUCUGUAAGGAUGAAAACCAUACCGCUUGGAGCCCAUUCUCCUCCCUGUUUGAAUUUUUUAAAAUUUUUUUGUUGUAUUUUAGGAUAUGUUGGCACAGGUAAAAGAGGACAACUAAGGGCAUUUUACUCAGAGGAGAUGUGCCCAGGCUACUGUAGCCACUUCUGCAGUCAAAUGAACAAUUAGUAUGUCUGCUCUGUUCACCUAUACACACACGUACACACACACUGGUUUUAGUGACCAGGUUCCGCAUUAGUGAUUCCCCACAUCUUGGGCCCUUUCUCAAUAUGCGUACUUGUGCGUACUUGCGUUCUUGUGUACUGGUGAUACGUCAGCAGUGGGAGACCAAGUACUGUUCCAAUUCAAAGUACGCAUCAAGCCGAGACCGUGAAAAAUUCCCGGAUGUG